AUGACUUCUCAUCUAAAAGGUGUUGCAAAAUCAACUAUGUCAGAUCAAAUACGUAAGGAGUUGUGUGAGUACAAGAGAGAUAAUCCUGCAAGCACACAAAAAGACUUGCAGAGAUGGCUUGCGGGAAAAUUUGAGUUGAAAGUUAGUCAAGGAACAAUAUCAAACACACUUAAGCGGUCAGAUAACUAUCUCUCUGCUGAAAUAGAAAAGGGAAGAGCAGAUAUCAAAAGACACAAACCAACAAAAUAUCCUGACAUGGAGAAGGUUGUUUAUGAGUGGUUUCUCCAGCAUCAAGAACGUGUGAAUAUCACAGGAGAAUUAAUUUUGCAGAAGGCAAGAGAUACAAUGAAACUCAUGUACCCUCAUGAUGAUUCAGAUUCUAACUUCUCUAUAGGAUGGCUUGAGAAAUUCAAGCACCGACAUGGCAUAAAGUCAUUUCGUCGUUUUGGCGAGAGUGGGUCUGUUGAUGUACAAGACAUGGAACAGAAAUUGGUAUCGAUUCGGGAGAAAAUUGAUCAGUUCCCUAUGAAAGAUGUUUUCAAUAUGGAUGAAACUGGGUUGUUUUAUAGGCUACAAGCUGAUCAUUCAAUGACAACAAAACAACUUGAAGGAAGAAAGCAAGAUAAAGAAAGGCUAACGGUAGUUAUUUGUUGCAAUGAAGAUGGCUCUGAAAAAAUCCCUCUAUGGAUUAUUGGGAAAUAUGCAAAGCCUCGUUGCUUCAAGAAUGUCAACAUGAAUAGCUUGGAUUGUCAAUAUCGAGCUAACAAAAAAGCAUGGAUGACUAGUGUGCUUUUUGAUGAAUAUGUUCGUUCAUUUGACCAAAUGAUGCAUGGUAGAAGAGUUCUACUUGUGGUGGAUAAUUGUCCAGCACAUCCAAGAAAUAUUGAAGGGCUAAGAAACGUUGAGUUGUUCUUCUUGCCACCCAACAUGACAUCAAAGAUUCAACCUUGCGAUGCUGGGAUAAUAAGAGCUUUCAAGAUGCAUUACCGUAGAAGGUUUUACUGCAAAAUAUUGGAAGGUUAUGAGGUGGGACAAUCUGAUCCAGGGAAGAUAAAUGUCCUUGAUGCUAUCAAUUUGGCAAUCCCAGCUUGGACGAUAGAUGUUCGAAAAGAAACAAUAGCGAAUUGCUUUCGACACUAUAAAAUUCGUUCAGCUAGUGACGUUGCAAUAAAUUUGGAUGAAUCCACUUUUGAUGAAGAAACUCAAGACCUUGAGACUAUGAUCCAUCAAUGUGGCUAUCGUAAUAAGAUGGAUAUCAACAAUCUAAUGAACUACCCAGGUGAAAAUCAAGCAUGUUCGGAGGUUCAGAAGGAUGACGACGAAGAUGAUAAGGUGUCUUUGGAGCCUGUUACGCGAAAGGAAGCACUUGUGGCAUCAAACACUCUUCACAAUUUUAUGAUACAAUACAAAAAUACAACACCUGAGCUAUUGGAUGCAAUAAGAAAAGUUAGAGAUGAGCUCCAAAUAGACUUGAACUUUAAAGGAAAACAGACAACUAUUGAAUCAUAUUUCAAUAGAGUGUAA